AUGGUCUCCGACGGGCUCGACCUCUCCGACAAGAUCAACUUGUCCGAGACUUGCAAGAGAUUCUACGGAAUCCUUAACUAUGACUGCAAGAGACUCUGGGGCCGACUCGAAAGCCCAGGCAAGAUCAAGGUCCUUUACAAUCUCGCUUACUUGCGUCCCGGGCAGAUCGCUUGCCCCGAGUGUCUUGUCCUGCACAACAUUGACUACAACGAUCUCCCCACGCGCGCCGAGUCGCCCGUCUGCUCCCAUUUCGACAGGUACCGUAUCCACGAGGACAUCUCUGUCCCCUAUGAGUCGUCCCACGCCCGCGUCCAGCUGGCCCUCAAGUUCAUGCGUACCGGCACUCACUCGCUCUAUUUGGCCCAGCUACUGAGACCCUACACCUACUUGCGGUCCGUCUCGCUCAUGUCGGCGCCCCACGUGUUGGAUGUCUCCCUCACGCUGGAGCCCAGAAUCUACGACGGCCAUUACAUCUUGGGCAUCUGCUGGACCAUCCACGGCGCCGCCGAGGUCAAGAACUACGUCAAUCCUCGCUUCCCUCCCUUCGGUCUGUGCCCCCACCUUGGUACUCUUGAGUUCAAGGACGGCGGGUUCCUCCAGGCCGCUCGCAGGGCCAUGGACGACGCGCUCGUGGCCGUCAAGGGAUGCUGCAUCAGCUGCCGCACCGACUACGUCAUUGUCUACAACGGGGUCGAGCUCAUCAUCCAGGUUUGGAAGGAUCUAGGGACUGAGGAGACUCUUUUUCUGGGUCCGACCGACUACAACUGGCGCAUGUUCAUCCGCAACUCGAACAGACGAUCCCCAUUCGCUACCAUCAUUCGCACAACCUCCAGGCAAUGUAUGAUGAGGCUUGAACAUUGA